AUGUCUGAUGACAAUACCCGCCGUCACUGGCACGGAAACCCCGGCGACCGUCACGAGCAUCUCAAUGUCUGGAUGAACGGCGGUGCCAAGAGCCCCAGUGGUCGUGCUGCAUGGGCAAUGCCCGACACUGAGAGAAGGGACUCCAAUACCUCCACCUCCUCAAGCGGGAACAAAGGAACCGAAGGCACCGCGACGAACUAUCCAAGCCUCGGUGAGCGUCGUCGCAGCUCUGCCGGCUCUACCGGCGGUCUCUUCUCGAACUUGCAAACACAGAAGCGUGAAUCUACAAACCCCGAUAUGGCUACCCGCCGUGCGAGCUGGAAUGAACAGGCUGCCAAGGGAGGCAUGUUCUCAAAGUGGUGGGAUGGAUACACCCGGGGCAGUGGUAGCAAGUAG